UUUUUGUUGUUAUACAGGGGACGAUGCUAACCGUACCAUUUGAAGACCCAGACAUGAUGCGCGAGUCUCAGUUUGGUGCGACAUUCACGCGUCAAGAAGACGCCCGGACACUCAGUAGCGCCGAGCUCAAGGAGGCAGAGGACGACAACACGGACAGGGAAGAGGAGGAGAGAGAGGACGACGACGAGAACGGUCUCCCGAAGAAGAAAGGCGCGCGUAAAAAGAAAUUCUCUGAGGGACGCGGCGAACGAGUUAAAAUGCGCCGCCAAGAAGCGAACGCGCGCGAGCGCAGCCGCAUGCACGGCCUCAAUGACGCGCUCGAGAGCCUGCGCAAAGUCGUGCCGUGCUACUCCAAAACGCAAAAACUCUCCAAAAUCGAGACUUUGAGGCUGGCUAAGAAUUACAUAUGGGCUCUGUCUGAGACUCUGAGCGCGGGAAAGAGGCCCGACCUGCUCGCGUUCGUGCAGACCUUGUGCAAGGGCUUGUCGCAGCCCACCACCAACUUGGUUGCGGGUUGCUUGCAGCUGAACGCCAGAAAUUUCCUCACAGAUCACAACGGGGACGUGUCGUUCUCGAGCAGGCCUCAUCAGUAUGAUUCUCUGUAUCCGUAUCCGAACGCUGAGAUGGCCACGCCCACCGGCCUCAGCUCUGGGGACCCGGGCAGCGUCAAGCCGUUCCGACCGUACAACUAUUACGCGUCCUAUGAGUCCUACUACGACAGCGCCUCUCCAGAGAGUAGCAGCCCUCGUUUUGACGGCCAAAUGAGUCCCCCGAAUAAUUACAACGGGAUUUUCUCACUUAAAAAACACGAGGACCAAGUCGAGUACAGUAAGAACUGCCAUUAUGGGAUGAGAUACCUGUAA